GAUUGUCCAUUGACGUAAAACUGACGUGAAGCCUCUCCGUUUACUGCAGUGUUUGUAUAAAUCUGCGAAGGCUGGCGAGUGUGUGGCGACGUGAUAGCAAAAGUCUCGCUAGCUAGCUACCGCAAGUCUUCCAUUUUGUCCGAGUCCUCUUUUUCAGGUGGCCGUUGUCAAGACACGUGUUGGCCGCUAGCAAGCUAUGAAGAUGAGGAAGCGUCCGAACGUCCUGUUAACAGGUACCCCCGGUGUUGGAAAGACCACUUUGGGAAAGGAGCUGGCCCAGAGGACAGGGCUCACCUAUGUCAACAUAGGAGACCUGGCCCAGGAAGGACAACUUUAUGAUGGCUAUGAUGAAGAGUACCAGUGCCCAAUUUUGGAUGAGGACAGAGUGGUGGAUGAGCUGGAUGAAAAGAUGGUAGAAGGUGGUGCAAUCGUUGACUAUCACGGCUGUGACCUGUUCCCUGAACGCUGGUUCCACAUCGUCUUUGUCCUCCGCACAGACAACACCCAACUGUACACACGGCUAGAGAGCAGGGGCUACGCAGGGAAGAAGCUGCAGGACAACGUGCAGUGUGAGAUCUUCCAGACCAUCUACGAGGAGGCCAUGGAGGCCUACAGCGAGGAGAUCGUCCACCAGUUGCCCAGCAACACCCCCGAGGACCUGGAGCGCAACCUGGAGCAGAUAGUUCAGUGGAUCGAGCAGUGGAUGAAGGACCACAACUAGAAGCUGAGCCCAGCCUGCUGCUGGCAUCCACUGGCAGGACUGUCAAUUUAAAAAUGAAUUGAUUGUGGUUAUUUUCCAACCUGCAUUUAUUUUCCUAGAUUUUGCCAUAAAGAAGACUGGUGAUAUAUCCAAAGACUAAUCACUUUGUUCAGUGUCUUCUAUGACCUGCCUCUAGUUAAUGGUUGGGCUUUAAAAGGUAAAUGUCCUCUUAAAAACCGAAAGACACAAGGACUUGGUGACUCCAGUUGUCUGAAAACCCAUCACGUGAUUUGCAACCAGUGCAGACUGAUAUUUUAUAUAAAAUGAUGAAACUGCAUUGUCAACAUGUCUUAGUGAUAAUAACAACAGUUAGAGCUAGACCACAGGGCUUAUAAUAAUGAUGCACCUUAUUUACAGUAUUUGUCUAGAUGUUAGAGUACUUUACAGCAGAAACACAGAAGAGCAUACUGGACAAAGCAAACGUUGAAGUUUCUUUUUUUUAAUAAUUGCAGAUAUUUGGGCGCAUGCACCACCAACUCCCAUCAUUUGAAACGUGGGCCCAGCAUUGUUAACCUGUUUGUAGAAGGGCUGCAUGCGUGUCAAAAUGAACGGUGUAUACAGACCGAUGUACACAAUCUGCUCAAGUGGGAAUGAUCUGUUUUUGUUAUUGCAAUAAAUAGUUAAAUAAUCUGUUAAUUCAAAUAUUUCUCUAAAGGGCAGCUGUUUUUUUCUUUUAAACAGGGUCCUUAAAAAGUAACAUUUCUUCAUCUUAAUUUAAGGUCUUCAAGUCUUAAUUUCGCUCGGCUAUUGUCGCAAAUAAUUUUAAAACUAUCUUAAUUUUUCUACGUCAAUGUAAAGCUACCUCUAAUGCUCCCGCAGCGUGUUUUUGAUUUUCUAUAAAAUUGAAAUUAUAACCUAUAAUUUUUAAAAAAAUAUAAAUUAAGACAUUUGCACCAUAACUUCAUGCAGAAAAUAGGCAAAUUGCAGAAAAAUUCACCAAAAUGCAGGCUAUGAAGUGUUUGAUGCUCGAAAUUUCCAUAAGAAGUGGAGAUCUCAAAAAAUGAUGACAAAAAAAAGAAGUGGAGAUCUCAACCCCCCCCCC